AAACCUCAUCGAAAGAAACGGUCGUCAUGGCAAAUAUAUCCUGGCCCCGCGAUCCUGUGCUGCCAGCACCAGUGACAAGCCCUGGUGCGCAUACACGUUCUACGUUUUCCCCAACAGUUCCUAUGCAAACUCUUACUUCAGCCGGAACCACCCUCAGCAACGGUUCACUGACCGAGAAGGAGAAGUAUGAAAUGGCUUGGAAAUAUGAAGGAUACAAAGAAUUUGGGAGGUGGAUGGCUUCUGACGAUGACUUUUUCGUGUUUCGGCGCUUUGAGAGUCUGAAUGCAACAACAAUAGCAUAUUUGCAGUACCGCAUCUCGCAGCUCGAAAGCGAACUGGAAGAUAUCCAUCGUGCAAACGUUCAGGAAAAAGACCGUAAAAAUUCAAGCUUCAAAUGGGAUGAGCAGUAUCAGCAGGACCGCUUUCAUAUCAUGGGCGAACUAUCGCGCCUACUCCUACACUAUAAUCAAUAUAUCGAUGCGUUUUCCAAGAUACGUAAACGCCCACGAGCGGAGCCCCGUCAAAUCAAGAGUAUGGAAAACUGGCUGGAGCGCGGCGCCAUCACCGGAGCAGAAAAGGGGUUCGUCACUCACAAGAGCGAUCUGAUAUCCAUAAACGAGAGAGUUCGCCCACCUCUAGGCCGGUGGCUAGAGGCAUGUCGCAUCCUACACACAUGGAGAAUCUUCAAGGCGAGGUUUAGAGAGGACCUACAUGUGCGAUCGGACGCUACAUCGUACUCUAGCGACGAAACCUUUGAGAGCUUCACGUCAAUUGGAAUAAUUGUUCUGGGCCUUGCCAUGCUCCUCGCGCCCUUGUGGUGGCUGGAGCGUGUCAAGGACAGCCAAGAUCGGCUGAAGAUUAUCACGGGUUUUGUUACCCUUUUCAUAUCGUUAAUGACAGGCGCAACUAUCAACAGACCUUUCGAAGUCGUGGCAUCGACUGCAGCAUAUGCGGCGGUUCUCAUGGUGUUCAUGCAGAUUGGAGGUUCGUGAAGCCAUUGGGGGAUGUGUCCCGUAUCCCGUUGUGCGAACACCUGCUUUUUGUGCUUGGACAAGAUGUCGGAGAGCCUGGAACCAUGGUGAGGCUGUACCAUCGUGGAGUCGCGAGUGUCAAAUCUAGGUACAGAUUAUUGUUUUUCAGUGCGCUUUGGAUGAGGAAACAAACCAAGAGGAAUAUGUGCGUGUAUGGAUGUGUGGGAAGGGGGGAGAGGGAAGGAACCUGUUUGCGAUCACCGUGGAUGAUAAGACAAACAUUUCAGAGUCUCCAUGGUAUUAUUGUUGGCGGCCUCGGAAAGGAUAUCUUUUACUUAGCAAAUACCUACCGGGGUGUCUUUGUUUUCUUUAGGUCCUAGGGUAUCAUGGAUUACAUCAUCAUCUGC